CAUUUGAAAGAAGAUAAGUUGAAUAAGUCUGAACUAGUGUUAAAGCACGAGUUAACCAAAUAAGAGUUUCUAUUAUUUCUGAAAAGUUCAACAACCAAUUAGAAAGUUUCGAUGAAUAUACCCAAAGUCUUGCUAGAAGUUUUAAAAUAAAACGAGGAAUAAGUCUUCAAGUAAAGUUGUUGGAAACUUCAAAUGCCAACUCGUAGAUGGCUAAAUCAAAGGCAUCAACAUCAAAGUCUUGUUAUUUAUUUAUGAAGACCAUCUAGUGUCAACAUAAUUUUUAUUUGAUCCUUUCUAUACUAAGGAGACCCAUUAAGAAGUCAAUGGUGCCUCGUAGUGGUUUUAUCUGGUUGAUAUUUGAUCAGUGGUUCCUCACAUUUCUUAUUGUCAUUCCUUCUUAUCUUUUUUUUUUAUAAAUCUCUCUGUGAAACUCUUUGUCAUGGAUUGUCUGGGCUCAGCUUUGGGUUCUUUCUUGGCAGAGGCAGGGCGUGGUAUAUCCAGAUCAACCUAUACUCGAGCCAUUAAUACCAUCCGGUUCAAGUCAAACAUCAAAGCUUUAGAGAAUGCGCUCAAUGGCCUUGUUGAUGUUCAGGACAAAGUGGAACAAGACCUCAAAACCUUGGAGAUCAAAGGGAAGUCCUUGCAUGUGCAACUGAGGAGAUGGCUAAGAGAUGUGGAAGAGAUUGUCUCUGAAGCAAAUUCAAUUCAGGAAGGGCGUGUUUCAUGUGCUCUGUCCUUGAGAUGUAAGCGGAGUAAAAAACUCGCGGUAGUUCUUGAGAAAGUCAAGAAGCUUCAGAAGCAAGGCGUAGAACUUCUCGACAUAUUCUCUUUUGAAGGCAGAUCUCUAGUUGAAAAAAUCCUUGGACCCUCCAUCGCUGAUCAAACAAGAGCAUCAGAGAUGUUAGUCAAAGUUCUAAACUGUUUGAUGAGAGAUGAUGUUCAAAAGAUGGGUAUUUGGGGCAUGGGUGGAGUUGGGAAAACAACACUAGUCAGGGAACUGAACAAUAAGCUAUGGAAAGAAGCUGAUACGCAGCCUUUGGGUAUGGUGAUAUGGGCUACAGUCUCAAAAGAGUUUGAAUUGGGAAGGGUCCUGAAGCAAAUCGCUGAAAGAUUGGAUAUGGAAGUGAAACUAGGCGAAAGCGAGGAAACGCUGGCGAAACGGAUAUAUGGAAGGCUUGAGAAAGUGAGUAGAUUUCUUCUCAUUCUUGAUGAUGUCUGGAAACCCAUUGAUCUAGACCAGUUGGGGAUUCCAGACACAAAUAUACACAAGGCUUCAAAGAUUGUCUUGACUUCUAGAUUUUUAGAGGUUUGCCAGAGCAUCAAAACGGAUAUUGACUUCAGAGUGGAUUGCUUAUGUGAAGAAGAAGCUUGGCAAUUGUUUUGUAAAAACGCUGGAGAAGUAACUAGAUUAGAUUGUGUUGAACCUAUAGCAAAAGAGGUUUCUCGGGAAUGUGGUGGAUUGCCUUUGGCUAUCAUCACGGUUGGAAUGGCUAUGCGAGGGAAGAAGAUGGUCGAGCUGUGGGAACAUGCCUUUGAAGAACUCAAGAGUUCGGUGCCUUAUGUCAAGAGUAUUGAAGAAAAGAUCUACCAGCCUUUGAAAUUGAGCUACGACUUGCUCGAGCCAAAUAUGAAAUCUUGCUUCCUCUUCUGUGCCUUAUUUCCAGAGGAUUACUCCAUAGAAGUAGCUGAGCUCGUGAGGUACUGGAUUGCCGAAGGAUUCAUUGAUGAAACACAAAACCAUGGCUACUUAAUGAACCAAGGAAUCACUCUGGCAGAGAAUCUGAAAGACUCUUGCUUACUUGAAGAGGGUGCUCAUGGUGACACGGUUAAGAUGCAUGAUGUGGUUCGCGAUUUUGCCAUUUGGGUCAUGUCUUCCUCACGAGAUGGUAGUCACUCUCUUGUCAUGUCUGGUAUAGGCUUGUGCGAGUUUCCACAUGAGAAGUUUGUUCCUUCUAUCCGAAGAGUUUCUUUGAUGAAUAAUAAGCUUACUAGGCUUCCAAAUCAAGUGGUAGAGUGUGUUGAACUCUCAGCUUUGCUGCUACAUGGAAACUUUCACCUGGAAGAGUUGCCUGUGGGGUUCUUGAUAUCUUUCCCAGCACUUCGGAUUCUGAAUCUAAGUGGGACACGCAUAAAGUCAUUACCCCAUUCCCUCAGCGAGCUUCAUGAACUCAGAUCUCUCAUCUUGAAAGACUGCUACUACCUUGAAGAAGUUCCUUCUCUUGAAAGCUUGGCAAAAAUUCAAGUUCUGGAUCUUUGUGCCACUCCAAUAAAGGAAACACCAAAAGGGUUGGAAACAUUGAAGAGCUUGAGACUACUUGACCUUUCCCGUACACAUCACCUCGAAAGCAUUCCAGCAGGAACCAUCCCACAGUUGUCAAGUUUAGAGGUUCUAGACAUGACCCUUAGUCAUUUCCACUGGGGCGUCCAAGGACAAACUCAAGAAGGGCAAGCAACACUUGAAGAGAUUGCUUGCCUCCAACGUUUAUCAAUCCUCUCAAUCAGAGUUGUAUGUGUCCCACCUCUCUCCCCUGAGUACAAUUCCUGGAUAGAAAGGUUAAAGAAGUUUCAGUUGUUUAUCGGUCCAACAGCAAACUCUUUACCUUCUAGACAUGACAAGCGGAGAGUGACAAUUAGUAGUCUCAAUGUUUCAGAAGCAUUCAUUGGAUGGUUGCUAACGAAGACAACUUCUCUAGUGAUGAACCAUUGUUGGGGUCUCAAUGAGAUGCUGGAGAACUUGGUGAUCGAUAGCACGAGUAGCUUCAACAUGUUGAGAUCUCUAACGGUAGAGGGUUUUGGUGGAAGUAUAAGACCCGCUGGUGGAUGUGUUGCACAGCUGGAUCUUAUACCUAACCUUGAAGAACUUCAUCUGCGUCGUGUAAACCUGGGAACCAUUAGAGAGCUCGUUGGUCACCUGGGGUUGAGAUUUGAGACACUGAAACAUCUAGAAGUCAGCAGAUGUAGCCGGCUCAAAUGCCUUCUCUCAUUAGGGAACUUCAUCUGUUUCCUGCCGAACCUACAAGAGAUACAUGUUAGCUUUUGUGAAAGGCUUCAGGAGCUGUUCGACUAUUCUCCAGGGGAAGUUCCAACCUCUGUUUCUGUGGUACCUGCUCUGCGUGUCAUAAAGCUAAGGAAUCUUCCGCAGUUGAAGAGUUUAUGUAGCCAAAAAGUGUCAUGGGGAUGUCUGGAACAUGUGGAAGUGAUACGAUGCAACCUUCUCAAGAAUCUACCCAUUAGCUCAAAUAACGCUCACAGGGUCAGAGAAGUAAGAGGAGAAACACACUGGUGGAACAACUUAACUUGGGAUGUUAACAACACGAGAGAAACCCUUCAGCCUCGUUUCAUACCAGCUGACGGAAACAAGCUAACUGACUCUGUUGGAAUUACUUGUUAUCGGAGCCCCAACACGAUUUUAGAAGCUUCUCCAAUUUGUAGUACAUCAGGAUCUCAGACUGAGGAGCUUCUGUAGCUACAAUGUAAUCAUGAACUUACAGAAGCUUUUGUGGAUAAUACUUGGCUAGCUCACUUGCGAUCUCGUGUAACCGAGGGUCCAUCUCAACCCAAUAGAGAGAGAAGAGAGAGAGAGAGAGAAGAGGUUUAUCCAGUUAAGAUAGAAGACCUAAUGGCUGAGGAGCUUCAGGUUCAAUUGGUGGCCUCAGUUUGUAAAAAAGUUCAGGUUUGAGCAGUGAUUUAUGUAAGUAACUGUAGUUAAACCUGGUUGCAUCUGCAAGGAGGCCUCAAAAUUGUCUGAUCUUCACAAAGGAGAGAACAUUCAAGACAAAAACAAGAGCCACGAGAUGUCCUCAAAGGCUUGAGUCAAGAGCUUUCUUUGUGCCAGGGAUAGGUCAGUAUCAAGCAACGUGCAGACCAAACAUUACGGUCCAGUUGGUGGACUUCACCAUCGUCUAUGCAGGACAUAUCUUGGUGGCAACUAACAAAUAUGUGUUGAUGGUUUUCGUAAUCUGUGAUUGUUGUUGACGCUAAAUAGUAACAGGUUUGAAGGUGUUCCCACCUCAGGAAUUCUCGGAUGAUUGUUUCUCCUUUCUUGUGUAUAUCUGAUUGUUUUAUUACUCGACUCCGUGCAAUGAAAGUAAACAUGAAAUUUGUUUUUCUAUUCAAAUUCUAUGAAAGUAUGUUUAUA